CACAUAUUCUUAGACAUACAUAAAAAGGAAAAGCUGAAAAGCUUUUAAGCACAAUCGCGCAUGUGCAAGUAAGGAUUUAGAGAAAACUACGACGAUGUUCACGUACGCAAAACAAAACUUAUAAAGGUACUCGCGCAAAACAUUGUCGGUUAUACGCUGAAUGGCAUUAGGGUUGUUUUUUAAUCCAAAAGGCAUCCUAAAUUUUCGUAAUAUUCAUUAUUCACUGAAAAGGCAGGCGUCUCGAAUGAGGCCCGCUGCGUUUCUAUUUGGGUCAAAUCUAACUAUGAAAGUUACAUGCAUUUGCCUAAGUUCUCUAUAAAAAAAAAUAGUAUUUUCUCCAUUCUAGACAAUAGCAAUCGCCAAAAAAACAAAAAAAACAGUUUUUAGAAAUAAGCACACGUUUUUUGGCAAAAUAAAUUUUUAUAUAACUAAAUUAACGUCUUGGAUUCGCGCCAAUAAAGAUUUUUGAAAUCUGUAAAGUAGUAGCAUAUGGAAAUAUUUUAGCAACAUUAAAGAGAAGAGAGAAGACAGACUUCGAAAAACUGUUUCAGUUACAGCGGUUACUGGUUAUUGUGUAUUAUCAAAUUGCGCAUAACGUGAAGCCAUAGUAUACUGCAAAUCUGACCAGAGCUGCUCUGAAUAAUAGUAUAGAAUGCCAAUAUGCGUACCGGAGCCCUUAAAAAAUAAUUCCACUUAAGUAGCACAGUAACCUAUAUUUCAUUUGAGUUCCAAGCCCUCUGUUGCCAGUCUACCUAAAGCUAGUCUAUGGUAAGACUCUUAGCUAUGUUUUUUAGUCGUUUGUUCGCUGUACUUCUUAAUAUAGCAAAGUAGAGUAAUUUUUCGUGUUUCUACCAGCUUUCUAAGUUACUCCCUUUUAGAACUAUUCAUUUCUAUGAAUUUUAGGGGCUGCGAAUCUUUGCUAUAUUUUUUGUUCUUCUUCAUAUAAUCAAAUUAGCGUAAGUACCUAAUUUGUCUCACUUCUUUCAGCUCUUCAGUAUAUCUUUCAGAUGUAGUUAUAAAAAUUCAAUAGCCUGAGUUCUGAUGCCAAUGCGAACGUAGUACAAUACCAUGUGCUCGUGUACAUUUAGCUUUAGUUGCAUACAAACCGUUAUUUUAUCGUACAUAACCUCAAUUUUUUAAAUUUUUAAACAUGGUAUUCUAUGACUUACAUUAUUGUGUUUUACGUUUAUUUAUAUUAAAUUAUUCACUAAAAUGUGCUUUCGGGCAAUAUCAAGAAAUGGCUACCCAAGGCCGGACACAAUAUCAAUUGUUGCAGGAACGUACAAAUUUGCCGCAUUACGGUAACUGUUGGAAAUCGGCGGUGGACCACGUCGAAGAAGGCUGCCGAUCAUUAUCGGAGGAAACGCAAAGCAGCAUUGCCUUACACCUGGCAAAUUGUUUCUUAGAAAUGUCCGGUCAUGAAAGCUACAAUUGCGAGUUGGAGAAAAAGCCUAACCUCAAGCAAAUCUGCCUUAGCAGCAUGUCUGAUAGAGCCUUUAACGUUUAUACUGAAUUUUACACGCACACUCAAAACAUUUGCUGGUUUCUGCGGGGGCAAGUUUGGCAAGAGGUAAUGGCCGAAAAUACUGUUAGAUUCGGUAGGCAAUUGGAGGUUUCGGCUCAAAACCAGGAAGACAUUCUAAGAGCACAGCGGAACAGUGUCGAAUUGCAGGAGAAAUUAUUACAUCACGGACACGCAUUGGAGAAAAUAAUGGAGGAGUUUUACGUCUCGACACAACAACACCAUCAUAUACUGUCAUUAAUGGCUUCCAAUAUGAAAAGUUUACAGUCGUGGUUAAUCGGUGAAUUCUCUUGGAUUGAUACCAUAAUUUUUUAUGUCGCCUCAUCCAUUUUCAUUAUAGUAAUAACAUCGACUAAUCGUACAUCAUCCGCUCGAUUUCCACUGUGGUUAUUACUAAUCUUGUCAGUUAUUUGUGAACGAUUAAUUUAUUUACAUGUUGUGCACAGCUACGACAAGCAAGUGCAGGAGGUACACCUGGCAAUUGCCGGGUACGUUGAAUGGGUACGUAAAACCUUUGGUGUUAUUGCUUUAUGUGUGCUGCUUCUGUCCGCUUUUUACUACCGCAAUUUGAAUAGCCUAAACAACCAACUUUUGCACAACAUUCACGAGCAGCAGCAAGUUAUAAUGCGACAGAUUGUCGAUUUAAAAAUGAAUAGAGAAGACGAUGGGCUUCUUAUUGUGCAGGAACGUAGUUCAAAGUCACCUUUUACACAAUCGUUUGCAUCGACACCAUCGGUUCAUGUUUCCAAAAUCUAUCAAGAUUCACCAGUUACCAGAUCUAGGUAUAACUUACGAGGAAGAAGUAAGGUGUUGGAUCCGUAAACGGACAGUGUUCUUGCAUAAGAUUUCAUUCCUUUUACAGUGCUGUGUAUGGUUCCUUUUUUAUCUUUAUAUUUUAUUUUCUGUUUUAAUUUAUUUAAGUACUACAUUUUUAUUGAGUAAAAGCAUAUAAUUUCCUCUAUGGUAAAAGUAAUAGCAUUGUUUGAAUAAACAAUGGUAAUAUA